AUGGAAACUAAGCUACACCCCGCCAUGACGGUCAACAACAUCAAAAACAUGGUCCCAAUCACCCUGGAAGCGGAGACAUCACAAUAUACCACAUGGACCACCCUCUUUGAAGUCCAUUGUCGGGCUUACCAGGUCUAUGAUCACCUGAAACCACGUCCCGCAGCUGCUGCUCCCACUGACACCUCAGACGCGGCCAAGGCCGCCGCUGCCGAGGCUGAAUCCAUGUGGUCCCGAAUCGAUGCCAUAGUCCUUCAAUGGAUCUAUGGCACCAUCUCCACCGACCUCCUUCAAAUCAUUAUUGAACCUCGACAAACCGCCUACCAGGCAUGGACAGCCGUAGCCAAUCACUUCAACGACAAUAAGAGUGCUCGCCAAGUCCAACUCCAACAACAAUUCUCCAACAUUCACCUUGAAGCCUUUCCCUCUAUGGCUGCCUACUGUCAACAGGUUAAGCAUCUAGCCGAUCAACUUAAUAAUGUCGGAGCUCCUGUCGAUAAUCAGCGUCUCGUCACCCAACUUUUGAGCGGGUUAACCGAUCAAUACGAGAGCAUAUCUGCUGUCUUACAACAUCGGGAACCCUUACCCGAUUUUGCUGAAUGUCGAUCCCGGUUAACCAUGGAAGAAAACAAGAAAAAGAACCAAGCAAUUCGUGCCGCAGCCUCAGCCGCAACAGCCCUUGCAGCCACUACGACCGUUUCCACACCAGCUGGUCACUCGACUUCUUCGUCUACUCAGGGACGUGGUCGAGGUGGACGCUCUCGUGGUUGA